AUGUCCAAGCCAAGCGAUCUACUGCCGCCUUCUAGAAAUCAUCUCUGGGGUCCAGAACGUCGUCGUCUUUCUUCUCUCCUGAUUCAGAAAACUCUCGAUGCGCUGCCGGGUUCGCGUUCGUUGGAUGAUCAUGUUCAUGAUAAGGUGCAAAGUAGAGCGUAUAGGGCGGUGAAGAGACCGUAUGGGGAGAAUGCGUUUACGGGGAAGGUGAGUAGGUCGUAUGUGCCGGAGGCGAAGGUUAGUGAGAGGAGGGGGAGGAGGGAGGGGAAGGAGGGGAAGGAGAGGCCGUUGACGCCGAGGGGAGAGGGGUAUGGGUUGGGGGUUUUUGGGAUGGGGUUUGAGGUUCAGGAUGAAGGAAUAGGGAAGGGGAAGGGGGCGGUGGUGGAGAGGAAGUUUUUUCAGCAGGGAGGAAGUAGCUUUUUUGCAAUGUUGCCGAAGGAGGUAAGGGUCAUGAUUUAUGAGUGGGUGCUUGGAGGGAGGCUAUUGCAUAUUGUGAGAAGGGGGGAAAUGUUGGGCCAUGUAGCUUGUAAAUGCGAUGGAAAUUCGGAGAUGGCGGGGAUCAUCAGGGAAGAGGAUGCGUGUGUAGCGGCAGAGUGUAGGGGAGUGAAGAUUCUUGGGGGAAGUGGAGUUCAUGAGAGGGUUGGGGAGGCCAGCGGAGGCUUCAUUCCUUUGUUGCGGGUUUGUAGGCGCAUAUAUUCCGAAGCAAUUCCUAUCCUCUACUCGAGCAAUACGUUUAAUUUCGACAGUAUGGAAUGUUUUAUCUCUUUUAGUAAUGAGAUUAUUCCUCAUCGCUUCGAUGCUAUUCAAUCUCUUACUCUCUCGUUCGCUUUUGAUACUUCUGCUCUCUACAACGAAUCCUCCAGCAACAACGUUCCCCGCUGGGAACGCACAUGGAUGAUAAUCGGGUCCAUGAAAUCGCUGCAGAAACUCCAAGCGACGAUUAUCUGGCCGCGCAUAAUACCAGCUUGGAGCCAUGAAAUGAGAUUACUAGAGCCCCUGAAGAUGGCGGGGGGUUUGGGUAAGGAGGCUUUUGAAGUUAGGUUGAGGGAGUUGACGAGGGAGGCGAGGGGGAGGGGGAAGGCGAAGGCUUAUGAGGUGGGGAGGGCGUUUAAGGUGGGGAAGGCGAGGGUCGUGCCGGGGGCGGGUCUGGAUGAGGAGACGGAGGAGGAUUUGCCGUUUAGGGUUGUUAGGGUGGGGGUGUGA